GGGCGAGGGAGGCGCCGUGGCAGUGGCUGGGGGUGGCGUCACUUCCGGCUGCUGCCGUUCUGCUUCCGGGUGGGGUUCAGUUUCCCCUCUGCCGCCGCCUCCUUACAGCCGGUGCCGGAGCCCCGCCCAGGGCAGCCGAGCCACCGCCAUGAGGCUCUACAGCCUAAGUGUCCUUUACAAAGGAGACCCCAAAGUGCAUUUACUGAAAGCUGCCUAUGACGUGUCCACCUUCAACUUCUUCCAGAGGUCCAGUGUGCAGGAAUUCAUGACCUUCACGAGCCAGCUGAUCGUGGAGCGCUCGGAGCUGGGCAGCAGAGCCUCUGUCAAGGAACAAGAGUACCUCUGCCACGUGUACGUCCGGAACGAUGGGCUGGCCGGUGUGGUGAUUGCAGAUAAUGAGUAUCCCCAGCGGGUUUGCUUCACCUUGCUGGACAAGGUGCUGGAUGAAUUCUCCAGGCAAGUCAGCAAAAUAGACUGGCCUUCAGGCUCCCCGGCCACCAUCAGCUACGCUGCCUUGGAUGGGUACCUCAGUAAAUACCAGAACCCCCGUGACGCCGACCCGAUGACCAGAGUGCAAGCGGAGCUGGACGAGACCAAAAUAAUCCUGCACAACACCAUGGAGUCACUGUUGGAGCGAGGGGAGAAGCUGGAUGACUUGGUCUCCAAAUCGGAGGUGCUUGGGGCGCAGUCCAAAGCCUUCUACAAAACUGCCCGAAAGCAGAAUUCCUGCUGUGAAAUCAUGUGACGUGGAGCCCGGGGGCUCCUACUCUGGACCACCAGGCCUUUGCUCCCGUUCUGCCCUCGCCCCAGACAGAAAGCAGAAGCCCAGGGCUGGGCGUCCUCAGCCCCGUGGGCUUAUGUGACUCUUUUUCUUCACCUGGAGGGGCUGCCAAGACCAGCAUCAGGCCAGCAACCCACGGGUUGGGGGGAGCACCGGAGCCCCCCUGCCCUCACUUUUCCUGAGGGCGGCUCAGACCGCGGGGUGCCCGGCCAUGUGCUCUCCCCUGCCUUCACACCCAUGGCACCAGCCAGCACUGUGGCGUCCUGGCACUGUAGAACUGGGGCAGAGGAACCAGGGCUGCCUGGGGAGAGCUGGGGGGGGGGCUUUUAUGUAUUUGUGUCCUAAGAGUGAGCUUG